AUGCAACGGAUCUUCGACCUCUUCACUUCCGGCUGCUCCAACCUCGGACAAAUCAUCUGCACGGAGAAGACGGUGAUCCUGCGCGAACCGCCGCCAAAGUCUGAGUACACCGAACCCCGUACCAAUGUCUGCGGCACUCAUCCCGCAGCAGUGAGCAAAUUCGCGUAACUCGGGAGUACUGUUUCAAGAAACAUCAAGAUCGACAACGAAAUCGCAAGUCGGAUCUCCAAAGCCAGUCGGACCUUCGGCCGGCUAAAGCACACCGGUUGAAAUAGUCGCGGCAUACUAACCUGAGGACUUAUACAGCUGUUGUCCUGGCAACGCUCUUGUAAGGAACGGGGAUGUGGGCUGUUGAUGAGGUCCAACCAAGAAGACUCAACUAUUUACACUCAGCUACCUCCGAAGGAUAUCGAAGACACUGUAAUCACGGAAAGAGCCGGCGUCCGGGCACGGAUCGACCUCGCUGGACAUCUCCGGACGCAGUGCAAUGUCAACGCGACCAAACUGCUUCUCAUCCCACAACACACCAUCACCAGCAGCACCAACGAGGGCACUUCUACCCACUUGCUAAGCAGUGCCGCCGCCGUCCCUACCAGCAACAACGUGGACUCAAUUUCAACCUAA